ACCACCGCUGUUCCCGCAACACCACCCACUGCCUCUGCCUUUGCUUCGGCCAGGACCGGGUCAUUUCAUACCAAAUGGACUGACAAUCACCACUUGCUGCUGACUAUGUCUAUUGCUUGGACGCUUCAACACCUAUCUCUGUUCUUGUGACAUGACCUUGAGCAGAAGCUCUUACUGAAAUAUUCUACCUCGACGUCAUGGAUCUUGAACGAUUGAAGCAAAACCUUCGUCUACGUUCUGGUAGAACCAAAAAAGCACGGAAGGCCCAGUCAGUGCCACAGGAUCCCAAUGGCCAUGCUAUUGUAUCGAGUGACGCCAGAAAAGAGACUCCGAAUCCAAGGUCGCCUGGUCUACCAACUACAAUUCCCACCAUUGGCACUUGGGAUACUGAAACAGCCCUACCCCAGCUGCCAACCUCCGAUUCUGUCCAGGUUCAUAAAAAGGGACAAAAUGUUCCCCCAAACCUCACAGUGUACAAGUCAUUUCCGUCCCCGCAGAAGAGACCUUCUCGAGUAGCUCGACUAAGCUUUGACUGGGCUCGCAAAGAUCUUGCCCGAGAGAACCAGUCCACAGUACCGGAACCUAUCUUACAAGGAGCAAAGGCCGACAUACCCACCAGUCCUGAUCAAUAUACCGACUCCUCAGAUCUCCAAGACUUUGAUCUGCGCCCACCUCCACCUCGACAGAAGCCUCCCUCUGUCGAGUCGUUGUCAGAGUCUCUGUUCUCGCCUGGUUAUCUCAACCUAUUGCUCCGAAGCCCGGUAUAUCUGGCUCGAUUUACAUCUUUCAUCACAAAAUACAACCCCCGCUUCCACCCCUUGGUGCUCCGCUAUUUGGAAUCACAAAAGGCCAUCGCCGCAGUCGAGUAUGCUAAUGCUGUUGCUGAGACCCUAGACCCUUGGUCGCCCAAUGGAGAAAACCUAGACACAACAUCUCGCCCUUCAGCAGCCGCCACCUUGAACAAGUCAUUCGAGGAGUCUAGCAUUGCCGCGUUCCGCACCCUACUUGACUCGGCACUGCCAAUGUACGUGACUUACAACUUGGUGCGAACCGUGUCCGAAUAUCUGAUCAACGAGAUUGCUGGCCGACAAACCCCUGUCACCCAGAAUGUUGUGGGCGGCCUUUCCGAAGUCUUCUGCCUCACAGAUCCCAAUCAACCUGACAAUCCCAUCAUUUAUGCCAGUGAGGAGUUCUAUCGCUACACGGGCUACGGACGUGACGAUGUCAUUGGUCACAACUGUCGCUUUCUGCAAGGCACCAAAACCAAGCGAGAUACUGUGACGAGGAUACGAGAAAGCAUCGUCAAGGGAGAGCAAGCCUCCGAGGCUAUCUUGAACUACCGGAGAGAUGGCAGACCUUUCAUUAACCUGCUUAUGAUAGCCCCUCUUCAUGAUGACAAAGGCAAUGUCAAGUACAACAUUGGGGCUCAAGUCGACGUCACAAGUCUUGUCGAACGAGGCAAAGGUCUUGACGGUUUCGAACGAUUCUUGGUCACUCAGGAGAUUAAGAAGCGCGAAGCUGAACUCCAAGGCGAAGACAAUAAAAGGAUGCCAUCCAAACCUCCAGCACUUGAGAAGCUCCGUGAACUGAGUCAAAUGUUUGAUCUGGAGGAGUCGGCAAUAGUGAGGUCAAACAGUGGACGACCCUCACAGCCCAAGCAUGGCACCGAGAAAAUCAUGGACGAUCGACGUCGAUUCUUUGGCGGCUCAGAGUCACCCUCAGAGCUCGCACAUGACGACAAUGAGGAAGACCAGGCCAGGACCUGGGAGUUGGGUCUGUCAGGAAGGUCUGGUCUUUCGGGGAGAUUACCUGGGGUUUACGACAGCUAUCUGCUCAUUCGACCCGCACCCUCUCUCCGAGUUGUCUUCGCCUCGCCUAAAAUGAGACAACGUUUUGGCAACAGCACCCAACAUCCAUUCAUGUCUCAUGUCGCAGCACCAUCCUCCACCUUGGUUGGCUUGAAAGAAAGCUUCGGGACGGGCAUACCUGUAUCGGCCAAGAUUACCUACAUGCUCAAUCGUGGCGAGAGGCGUGACGGUACUCAAAUGAAUGCAGGGUCGAAGUCUGAGAUCUCCGGACCAAGUCGUGCAUGCUGGAUAUCCGCAACUCCUUUGGUAGGAAGCGACGACAAAAUUGGCGUUUGGAUGGUGGUGGUGGUAGAAAAAAGUAAGGUGACUGCCCAGCGUCUGAGAGACGACAGGACGGAAACUAGCCCAGUCAGGAAUGGAGGGUUCCAAGCAUCGCGUACUACUCCACCGACAAGAAUUGAUAUACCAGCCGUACCGACAUUCUCUCCGGCGCGCUUUUCCGAGUCAAGGGGGCCUGCGGACUCUGAUGCACACAUUUCUGCCUUCUUGGCAAGCACACGGCUCCUUGACGAAUCCUUCGGGUCACUGGAUAGCAACGGGUCAACCUUGAAAGUCGCUGAAGACGAAAUUUACCCUGUUCAUGUAGCUGGGGAUGACCAAGCUGAUCAAGAGGCUCCUCAGUCUCCCGUUGAAGUUUCGCACGACGAACAACAGCAGGAUCAUGAAUUAGGAGAAGUGGCUGUCCAAACACAGGACGAAGUCGGCCAGUCUCCUGAAGCCGAAACCAAGGUUACAUCAGAAGAACAGUUUAUCAUGCUGAAAUCGAGUCGACGAGGGUCUGAAAAAUCUGAGCGCCUGCAAAUACGCGAGGAUAGCGAUGGCGAGCCCGAAGCAUUGUCGACCAGCGACCUGGACGAGGCUCUCACGAAAUCUCUCCCCGGGAGUCGAGCCGGCUUCCACAAACCUAUUUUUGAUGACCCACCUCUUUCGCCGGAUCAUAUGAAUACAUUCCAUGGCUUUUCGGACAAUGAAGACACGCCACGGCGAGCAAAUACUUCUUCUCACAGCGUUGAAGGUUCUCCAUCUCCAUCUCGACCAGCUACAAGCGGCGUCGACUCGCCUGUCAACAAAGGAAAUGGCAAGCAUUACAUGGACUAUCUGCGACAUCCCGGCAGUGCAAGGCCUUCUUCUGAAUACAAUCGACCGCUCUCAGGCAGUGGUCUCUUAACCUCACGAUAUCAUGCGGACGAAGAAACCCCAGACGGUGAUAACCAAGGCCCCGACGGUUCGGAUCUCGAAUGUGCAAGAACUCCAUACAGUGUCGAUUAAAUCUGAAAUUAUGUACUAUACACAUAGUAGGCAGGGUUCCAUAGGGUUUAGACGAAGAGAAUCUGGAGAUACUAUUUAU